GGUGUGUACACUCCCUCAUCACCUGGAGACGUGUGCUUAAUCUCAGCCACAGACUCCGACAUUGGAGAUAAUGGACGUGUCACCAUGACUCUUUCUUCUUACAGCAAUAUCUUCAGCUUCAAAGAUGAUGGGACUCUACUAGCAAUUGAGGAGCUGGAUCGAGAGACACAAGAUGUUUAUGAUUUGGUCGUUGUCGCUGUGGAUCAUGGGAGCCCACAGGGAACUAACAUCACCACAGUGAGGGUCAGUAUCACAGACGUCAAUGACAAUGCUCCAGUCUUCAGCUCUGACACCUACAGCAAAAGCGUUGUGGUUAAAGACGCCAAGGUUGGAGAAGUGCUGCUGACGCUCUCUGCCACAGAUAAAGAUGCCGGAUCAAACGCAAUCAUUAGCUACAGUUUCUCUGAAGCGUCUUCCAUGGUUGCACUGGAUGCUGAAACAGGAGACAUCACUUUGACCUCUGACCUAAGUGAGGUCAUAGAAGACACACUACUAACCCUUACUGCUACAGCGACAGAUCACGGAGCGCCAGCAAAGUCUGAUGAAGCCGAAGUCUUGAUCUACUUCCAAAUUUCCUCCAUCUCUGAGAGUGUGGCUUUUGAGAACUCCUCCUACAACUUCAAAGUUAAGGAGAACGAACCUGAGGCCACAAUAGUAGGCAAAGUCAAGGCUUUAACAGGGAGUCCAGUGGUUACAGUCAGCUAUAACAUAAAGACACAUGAGGAUGUCUUCUCUGUGGAUGAGGAAGGAACCAUAAAAGCUCUCAGACCACUGGACAAGGAGGAAGAGGAGUGGAACAUCCUCACCAUUGAGGCCAUAGACUCCAGAACUCCUCCAAACACUGCAGAGACAACGGUCAGUGUUCAGGUUGAGAAUGUAAAUGAGGCUCCUGUGUUUGACGCUGAAAUGUACAAGGCAGAAAUUUUCAGUAUCACUCCAUACAAAUUCCCUGUAGUGAAGGUCCAGGCAUCAGACCCUGAUGUUGGCGAGAGCUCAGAUUUGGUGUAUUCACUACUGGAGCCCACAUCUCUGGUGGAAGUGGAGGCAAACACUGGUCAGAUCUAUGUACUGGAUGCAUCUAGUGUUGGCAACGGUCUGUUCACUUUACAUGUUAAAGCCACUGAUAAACAUGAACUGUUCACGACUACAAAACUUGAGUUCACGGUGAAAGAAAGUGAAAGUGACAACAUCGUGGUGCUCUCUCUAAACCAGCCUGUGUUCACAGUGGAGAAGAAGAUACCAGAGAUUGAAGAUUCCAUGAAGAAAGCUUUAGGUUUGACUGUGAAAGUCCUCACUGUGAGAGCUCAAGAUGGGAUUGAGAUGCGCACCAUUCUCCGAGAAUCUACAGCCAAGACUUACAUCAGCUUCAUUGCCAUGGACUCCAGUGGUGCUGUCGUUGAAGCCACGGAAGUCAAAGAGAAACUGCAGAGUAAUCAAAACACUUUAAAAGCAGAACUGGAGAAAGUGUUUGGUUCUGAUUUGGAGUUCAAAGUUGAGGAUGGUUCUGGAAACAAUUCUGAGGAUUCCAGUCAAGUAGCAGUCAUCGCACUCGGUGUUCUGCUGGCUGUAAGCAUUGUGGGACUUAUCAUUGUGACAACUGUCUUUCUCGUUAGGAAUAAGAAAAUGAAGUACGUGGAUACUGACAAAGAGAGCUUCAAUAUUGGAAGAACCAAUAUCAGAUCAAGUAUUGACAGUAGUUUUCAGUUUUCCAGUAAAAAAGAAGAAGCCAAAGAGGUUGAGUUCAGUAACACGCGCGAGUCUGAAAGAUACUCCGAAAAUAAUACGGAUUUGAAAACUGGAAACAGCAUCUCUGCAUUUUGAGACAUCCUGAUGGAUCAUGAGACUUCAUGAGUUUUAAAAUGAAUUCUGACACACUGUUAACUUCUGCAUUUUAAGGCAAUUCCAAAAGAUACAAGCUAAUCCCAUAAUGCAUUGGGACAAGACAGAGCGAAAUGUUGACUAUAAAUAUACUUCUUUCAGUUAAUAAUGAAAAAUUGCCAAUUUUACUCAACAUGUUAUACCUGUAGAGUUUGCAAUAUCAGUCACUUCCAGGUUUCAUUUCAGUUAAGAUGCUUAAACUCACCCAUCUUUGGAAAAGAGAAAAAAAUCUUCUUUGUAUACGUUUUUCUUUUCUUUUAAGUAAUAUCUUUGUUCAACUGCCUUACAUUUUGUUAACUAAUUUUCAAUGUGGUCUUUUACAAAGGGACCUCCCGAAGCCUGCUCACAAAUAACAGAAGGCUUUUGCACUUUAACUCGCUUAACUGGUAUUAAAACACUUUUAAUUUGUAUCUUUGAUGUAAAUACCUUUUUAGAAUGAUUAAAAUAAAAAAUAAAAAAAUCUUA